CUGGGGAGCCGCGUUUCGCACGUCAGUCACAUCAGUGUGCGGCUCACGCGGCUUCUCUUCUUGACCGACCAAACGUGACACACGGCGUCUCGAGAUGGCACCCAAGAAGGCCAAGAGGAGGCAGCAUACAGAGGGCGGCUCCUCCAACGUCUUCUCCAUGUUUGAGCAGAGCCAGAUUCAGGAGUACAAAGAGGCCUUCACAAUCAUUGACCAGAACAGAGAUGGUAUCAUCAGCAAGGACGACUUGAGGGAUGUGCUGGCCUCACUGGGUCAACUGAAUGUGAAGAAUGAGGAGCUGGAGGCCAUGAUCAAGGAAGCCAGUGGCCCCAUCAACUUCACUGUGUUCCUCAACAUGUUUGGCGAGAAGCUGAAGGGUGCCGAUCCUGAGGACGUCAUCGUUUCUGCAUUCAAGGUUCUGGACCCCGAGGGUACUGGCACCAUCAAGAAGGCAUUCCUUGAGGAGCUCCUGACCACUCAGUGCGACAGGUUCUCCGCUGAGGAGAUGAAGAACCUGUGGGCUGCUUUCCCCCCUGAUGUGGCUGGCAACGUUGACUACAAGAACAUCUGCUACGUCAUCACACACGGAGAGUCGAAGGAGGAGUAAAGGGAAAAAACACAAAGCUGAAACACAGAAUCGAUCCCUCGCUCCUCCCCAACACCAUCCUCCCUUUCUUCCUCCAUCCGCCCCCCUCCGCGAGAUGCUCCGACACUCCCACGUUCCCUUUUGUACAUAAUGACCGGCCACCUCUACUGAGCCAUCGAGUUGAGUGGGCUAUGAGAACAUUUUUUGUGAGCGUCAAUGGGCUACUGGACACAUAUCAACAACAACAAUAAUGAUAGUAACAAUAAUAAAAGGUCCUACGCAUCCAUCUCUUGUUCUCUCUCCACUUUCUCCUCCUCUUUCCAUCUCUCUUUCCCUUUCUGUCGGUACAUCCAGGGUGUGAACUGUUCUUCAGCCGUCCUCGGCGCAGCGGCCGCGGAUGUUAAGUCCACGUUGACGUGCGUUUCGGGCUCGAAAGCAAGGAGCUGAGCCGUUACGGCCGUAAAAAAAAACCGUUUGCCACUUUUGAUUUUGAAGGGAUCCGUUCGGCCCUCCUUACCCACCUCCAAAGGGUUCGGAAGCGCAGAGAGGGAUUUUAUUCUAUAAUAGAAGGUGUUCCUCCCUCCUUCGCACUUUUUUUCCGACUCAUUUUGGGCGGGAGGAGGGGGGGGUGGAAAGAGUGGGAGAAAAUGUACUUUGAGAGAAGGAAAAAGGGGGUCUCCUUAAAGUGACGGCUGCCCUUCGGAGAGGAAGAAAGAGCAGAGAAAGGGAGGAAGAGAACGAGGGACGAAAGAAACAUAGCGUCUUCGUUCCCUUUUCCUCUUCCUCCCCCGCCUCCCUUCCGUGUCCCCCUUCGUUCACCUGUCCGUCUCCCCGGCUUCCAUCAGUCGUUGUCAGAAAAGCUCUGUACCGAGAGAAGGCAAAUAAAGACAACAUAUUUCAUA